AUGGCGACGACAGGGACUGCAGCGGUUGCGACCGGAACGUCGGCGGCGAAGAGGAAACCGGUGUUUGUGAAGGUGGAGCAGCUCAAGCCUGGAACGAAAGGUCACACAUUGACUGUUAAGGUCAUUGAUGCCAAUACGGUGGUUCCCGUUACCCGGAAGCCUCGCCCGGCGAAUUCUCUGAGUCGUCCUUCUCAGCCCAGCCGAAUCGUUGAGUGUCUCAUCGGCGACGAAACCGGGUGUAUCCUUUUCACUGCUCGUAACGAUCAAGUUGAUCUGAUGAAGCCAGGCGAGACGGUGAUACUGCGCAACUCGAGGAUAGACAUGUUCAAGGGUACAAUGAGGAUUGGGGUUGAUAAAUGGGGACGCAUCGAAGCCACUGAGCCAGCAGCUUUCACUGUCAAAGAGGAUAACAAUCUGUCUCUCGUGGAAUAUGAACUGAUUAACGUUGGUGGUGAUCAGUGA